UGACAAAACGUAUUUCGGAUUUUGGGUGUGCGUCCGCGUACGUUUCUCUUGGUCUAUGAGUGGUGGCGAAGCGGGACGUCGGCAGUAACGAGAUCCACGAAUCGCUACGAAUUUUUACCUCAUACCCCCCCCGGUUAAUUUAAUUCACCGUUUCUUUAGACUGUCUGUGAUAGUACCGUCGAAAGUGUGCCGGUUUAGAUACACGAAAAAUCCGUUUAUUUCAACCGACAAACUCCUGAACCGAAGUGAGAGUGAGUGCGGAGAGAAAAUGAAGGAAUACAACCAGGUUACCUUGCCGAAUUACUCUUAUGUUUUCAACUUCGAGUCGGAUUUUAUACACCAAAAAACGAAGGCGUGGAUGCAGGAUAACUGGACUCUUGGCUUUUAUUAUGUCGGUGCCUACAUGGUGUUUAUAUUUGGGGGCCAGUAUCUCAUGCAGUACCGCCCCAGAUUCCAGCUUAGAGGUACUUUGAUAUUAUGGAACCUGCUACUGGCCACUUUCAGCAUCAUGGGGGCGUGCAGGACGGUGCCAGAAUUUAUUUUUUCACUGACCACUCAUGGAUUGUACCAUUCGGUUUGUGUACCUUCGUUUAUUGAACAGGACAGAGUAUCUGGCUUCUGGACUUGGAUGUUUGUGUUAAGUAAGUUACCAGAGUUAGGAGACACGGUAUUUAUAGUACUUCGUAAACAACCAUUGAUUUUUUUGCAUUGGUAUCAUCACAUUACGGUACUUUUAUACUCUUGGUACAGUUAUACUGAGACGGCUUCUAGUGCUCGCUGGUUCAUUGUAAUGAACUAUUGUGUCCACUCAAUUAUGUACUCAUAUUAUGGAUUGAGAGCCUGGGGACAUCAUCCACCCAAACAAGUGGCCCUCCUAAUAACCUCAUUGCAGUUGCUUCAGAUGGUUAUAGGAUGUGCAGUAAACAUGUGGGCACAUCAACUUUUACAGCAAGGAAUCGAAUGUCAUGUUACCCCAUUUAAUGUAAAAUUAUCAAUUUGCAUGUAUUUCAGUUAUUUCGUGCUGUUUGCCAGAUUCUUUUACAAAGCGUACAUUUCGAAAAGCAAUAAAAAGAGCGCACCCACCAAUGCCGAUUAUGUUUUGAUGAAAUCAAAAGUCCAGUAGUUUAUAAGUUUUAAAAUGUGGUGACGACAUUCCUUGAGGAUAUAAGGUGCAUUUAGAUUGUAAGGAAAAAAAAUGAUAUUUUCAUAAAGUAUUUCGUGCUUUGCUACUUUGCUUGUCUUGUAUUUCCAAUUACACCAUACGCCAUGAUUUCUUAUUUGGUAUAUAAUAAUAUUUACUACCUAAUAAGGAUGUUUUAACUUAUACUGGUUGUCAAUAAAAUCGCUUUUUGAGAUGUGGAUGUGAUUUCUGUUGAAGAUUGGUUUAAAAUAAUACUCGGUAGGGUGAAUAUGUCAAUAGUCAGGCAGUUUUGUCAAAAAAACUUUAAAAUUCUAUAAAAAAAAUAUUUAUUGUUUUUUCUAUAAAAAUGCAUUUUGGCUAGUGAUUGGACACUAAUUGGACAGAACAAAAUCAGUAGCCGGACAGAACAGUUUGUUAGAUUUUCUAUAUUUUGUUUUCCUACUUAUUAUAGGUAGAUAUAAUUAAGUUUCCUAAGGAUGAUACUGAAGGAUGUAUCACACCUCUACUCUAUAAGUUUUUCAAAUUUUGACAAAUUCUUUUAUCCAUGUAUGUACCUAAUACAUAAAAAAAACUGCGACUACUGUUAGCAAAUUAGCCUGUUUUAAACCACCAAAAUCUUCAACCAUAAGAAUCAGAAUGAUAACUUAAGAAAUUAAUGCCUAAAUCUGGCUCUGUGUAAGCCUAAUUGUAAAUAAUGAUUUUAUUGACACCAGAUAUUUAUUAAUUGCAGCUUUUAAUUAUAAAUACAUAAUAUAGUUAAUUAACUGUAAAUGACAGGCUGAUUAUCAGUUUAAUACUUUAAGGAGCAAAAUAAUGAAUUAUCGUUUUUACAGUAACUAGGUGGUAUUGGGCAAAUUAAAUAUUAUCUUGCAAAUAACUAUAUUUUAACUUAAUUGCUUUUUAUUUAUAUUAUAAUUGUAAUGUUGUCAAACUAAAAACAAAUACAUAAAAUGAGGGCUAUAAAUUCAUCUAAUUCCAUAAUUCAACAUUUAAUAGUCAGGUUUUUCAAAAUUUGGUCUAUUUAAGGUACCCGAUAAUCAUUUUAUAAACUGUUAUAAUUAUAAGGACAAAUAAUGUAUUCUGUCUUGUCGACAAGGUUGCACCUUUGGUCAUGUAAAUACACUUUGGGUAAUUUUAGCAUAAAUUGAUAACACAAUUUGAUAUUUAUAGGAAUGUUAAUUUUUUUACUUAGUUACAGCAAUAUCAGGAGGGUUAUGUCCGAGGCCAUGGAUAAUCAAUACUUGUAUCAAUCUGCUUGUUAUAUCCAAGUGGGCUUUCCCAAGGAAAAAUUCCAAAUAAAUUGACAAGUAUUAAACUAAAGAUAUUCUCCUACAGAUUUUUCUUUAUUAAUAGUUUCUUAAGGUAAAACUUGUGUCUUAAUCUUGAACAUAUCUGGGAAUGUACCUAAGUGAUCUUCCAAGCAUUGGAGACAAGAAUUCAAAAUAUGAUUUAAAUUUGGUGUUAAUGUGAACCUGGCGUCUGUUUUCUCAUCCUCCAGUCAUAUUAGCAACUAUUUAUAAUUAUGUGUGAUUCUGAAAUGUUGAUAGCAAAGAAAUUUAUUAAAACUUUCUUGGCUCAAAGGUUAUUUAAUAUAAUGUAAUAAAAUUACUUUCUCUUUAUAUCAUACCUAGUGCUAGGAAUAAGAUGUUGUGUGUUAUGUGACUGACUUUUUGAAUGAAAUGAUUUUUGCUUCUUUUAGAACAAUUUGGACCACCUAAUUUUGACACUUAAUUUUCAGCCUUCGGCAACACAGUCAUCAUAUGAUUGUUAAAAUAAUUUUUUUCCCAUGAGUUCUAAAUACAUGCACAUUUAAAAGAUUUCCAUAAUUUUCUCCAGGGUAAAGUAGGGGAGACCGAAGAUACAUGGGAAAAAUUUGAUUAAAUGAUCUCUAACUUUUUUUCGAAGAAAUCUCUAUCCAUAAGGUUUUAUUAAUGUAAUAAACAAACUUUUGUCAUAAUAUAUUACUACAUAGCAUUAUCCAAAUAAAUUUAAAAAUAUUUUUAAACCGGGAUCAAAAAUUUUUGGUCAUUUGUCCAAUGUAUCCCCUGCUCUGGGGUAAUAAUGGACAUGAUAUGGGGAUAUUUUGGACAUUCAUUUACUAAUAAAGACAAAAAGUCUUAGAGUAAAUAUUUAUUUAGAAAGCAACAAAUUUUCAAGUUUUAUUUAAGUUAAACUAAAUUCUGUCAAAUCUGCGUUGAAAUGAAUCGAAUCUUUGAAACGAGGACGCCUGUCUUCAAUACCUAUUACUUCUCCGAAUGUUACAAAAGAAGAUUCUUCUUCUGUAAUUUUGAAGCGAUUUGAUGGAAUCAUUCUUUUAAAAAAUCGAUCCUGAAAUCCGUCGAAAAGUUUUCGUUCUACCCGAGCAACAUAAUUUCUUCCAGAAAAUGGUGUUUUUCCCGGAACUUUGACAACAAUGAAACCGCCUUUUUCUACAUCGUGGGUAUCGUGAACUGUCUCUUCUUCUUCCUCCCACUCUAAGGAGGAAUCUUUUGUUAGUUCUUCAUUUAUCUCUUCAUCACUAGAGUCACUUUCUACUAGAACUUUUCUCUUAACCUCCUUAACCUUUUUUGGAGGAGGCUUCUUUCUUGCCAAUAAUUCUUCUUUUUCUGGAGUGUCAGUAACUAUCAUACAUUUUCCUCGUUUUCUUCCUUUUCUCAUAGGUUUUCGGGGUUCCGCCUUUGGAUAAGGACUUAUUUUGCCUGGUGUAAUAAAGUUAGAUAUAUUUAAAGGACUUUUAUCAUUCCCAGUAACGCUAGUGCUAGGAAUUGAGGUUUCAUCGGCAGCGCGAUUUCCGUCAUCAUGCUAGAAUUAGGUUUUCUGUUUCGGCGAAAAUACAGCUUCCACCAGAUUGAUUGGUAAUGACAUCUGGAGCAGGUCGAUCUGAAACUGACGAACACAAAAACUCGUGUUCUUGAAAGAAAGAAAGAAAAUGUCCUAUAUUACGUAAGACAACAAAAUCUUGUGUACAAGCAUCCUAAAAACUAAAAAAUUCCAAAUUCACUUUAAAUUUCAAACAAACAACAUCUAAAACACUUUACCAUAAAAUUUGCACACAUUACCAAAAUUAAUCAUAACAAAACAGAUUGAGAAAAAAAGCAUCUUUUUGAUAAAUUUCAUUAAAAAAUAAGUAAAGCUGUCAAUAAAACAGAAUUUAGAGGAAGUAAAUUAAAUUAUUUAACAGGAAACAAAACUAAAACACUAAAAUGAUGUCAGAGCACAGGUUAAAAGGUAUCAUUAAAAAAAUCGUCAAGGCUAUAAUAUGCCCUGGAUAAUAAAAGUGAUUUUAAUUCCUUUUUGAAUCUCUUAACUUCUAAAAUUUGUCUGAUACAUAGAGGAACAUGGUUGUAAAUUUUUUUGCUAAGGUAUAUAAGUGAGUUCUUGGUGAGGGAGGAUGUAGGGAUUGGUAAGGGAAAAACGUUAACCUGGCGAGUCAUAUAACCAGUGUUAGAGGGAGGUUUAGGACAUUUAUGAAUAAGAGUAGUUGUUUCUAAGAUAAAAAGAGAGAUAAUUUUGAGAUAUAAAGAGAGGUUUACAAGAAUCUCUUAACCCAGCGGAACAUAGGUAUCUAACUGCCCUUGAAAUAUGUCCCGAUCAGAAGGAAAAAUUCCACUUUUACGAAAGCCAGAGUUUAUAUUUUCUGGUGUAGCAGCACGAUUCAAGGCCUUUGAGCAUAGCUCCGCAAGUGAGUAAAUAGAAAGAGUUUCAUUUGGAUGAGUCAUCAUCCAAGAAUUGGCAGCUUCGGAAAAAUAUCACUUGAAAGGUGAGGGAUCACUUGAAAGGUGAGUGAGGGAUUCGUGGUUAUCCAAUAUCAGUAACACGGGGUUAUUUUUACUACAUCUGAUAUUUCGUUGGAAAAACUGAAGAACUUUAAUAAAAUUAUCUGUUGUCAUCCAGCCAGAUUUAUUCACAAGACCCAUAGAUCCUUGCAUAGCUCCAGACAUCAAAACGUAUUCUGGGAAAAAUCCAUACUGGUGGUAAUGCAUUUCCAUUUGCACAAAUUAUUCCAACUUGGGCUACUAGCUCACCGCGUUCUCUAGAUGUUACUUGUCCUAUUUGCUUUUCUCCCUUUUUUCCUACAAUUUUUUUCAACAGGCGGUACUGUAGUAACCCCUGUUUCGUCUAAAUUAAAAAUUUGGCUUGCCUCAUAGUUAUGCCGGCUGUAAACAGUUUUGAGCUUGCCCAAGAAUUCCCCAAUAACUGUUUUGUUAAACGCCGUCCUACGAGCAAGAGAUGUUGCUUUCGGUUUUCGAAUUGAGAGUUCUGGAUUUCUCCUCAAAAAACCGGCAAACCACUCCUCGCCAGCCAUUGCUUGUGUUGCCCAAGAAUCCGGGAUUAAAAGCUUAUUUCGAGACGCAAACUGAAAUGCUAGUUGUCUAGUUUUUUUUUGGAGUUAAUCCAUAGAACAUUGAUGAACAUUUGAGUAAAUAUUCAGCUAAUGCUUGUUCCAUUUCUGGAGAAAAAAUGUGGUUUUAAAGAUAUAUUUUCUAUCCCCUGUUCUCUAGCCCUUUUCACAUAAAUAGCUAAACGAGACUUAGUAACAUUAUACCUCUCCGAAACUUUUCGCAAGCUACCAAUAUUAUUUAAGACAUCCUCUACAGCUCUUCUUAGAUCUCCUUCAGGGAAUUCCCUGUCGGUUUUCUUUUUAUACUCUCUCACCAUCUGAAAUAAAUAAAAAAUAAAAACAUUCUGGGGAUACAAUGGACAUCCGUUGACCCUAUAGUAAAAUUAUUCUUUUUCCUAGAAAACUAAACAAGCAAUUUCAAUUAUUUGUUUCUUAUAACCAUAUUCUAUAAUGCACAUCACCGCUAAAAUAAUUAGAUAUUAAAAAGUGUUGCAUAGAAAAUAAUAAAUGGUUACAUUACUUACCGUAAAAGUUACAAGCAGACUGGCUGAAACAGGAAAAUAUCGAUAAAAAUAACCACACUCAAUGCUUGCUACCUUGCGAAUGCCAAACGAUUGUUCGGUAGUUAUUGCAUUAAUUUAGCAUAUGAGGGCGCUUCAAAUACAUAUUAAGCGGGAGUUUUAAACAUGUCCAUUCUAUCCUGGUGUCCAUUGUAUCCUCGGUCUCCCCUACCAUUAUGCAAAGCAAAAUAAUAGAGGAAUUCGUGAUUUUCGAAAUAAAGAUUGUGAAAUAAACAGGACCCUUCGUCUAUUAUUUUGCUUUACAUGCUCAUUUUGUUUUAUAUACUCUUUAUGUAGUUUGAAAGGAAUGUUAAGAUGUCCACAGUCCUGUAACAAUGCUAUUGUUUCACUUAAAACAUACUACAAUGGGUUUUGCAUCAGAAAUACAGAACUUCUUAGUUUUUGGCAUUUUUAUUUAGGUUUGAAGAGAGAGUUCUUCAGAUAAUAAGCAAAAGAAUUUAUAUUCAAUAAACAAAAUUUUUAGUAUACAUUAAUUAUCUUGGUAUAUUUAUACCUAAUACUGUGGUCCAGAUUGAGACAUUCAGGUCAGGUCUUGUAUUAAUUUUUAGUAUAUUAACUCCGAUAAAGAAAAAAGUGAAUAUAUCAUAAAUUAUCAAAACAGUAACUAUACUUAAUUUUGGAAUAAUAUCAAGAAAACCUAAUCGGUAACACUCAAUCAAGUCACCCAAUAUCUAAUAAUAUAUAAUCAAUGUUGCUGAGACCAAUAUUCUUAAGCUUCAAAGUAUUAAACUGAUGAAAAUCUUAAAUAUUUUCACACACACACACACACACAAAAAGUGCCAAUCAAAUUGCCUUAUUUGUACUUUUUGAAAAUAAAUGAUAAUUUUCCGUUUUGGCUUGUUGUGAUAGAAACACGAAUGUGUAUGUAAUUAUUUAUUAAAAUAUUUUGUUUAGAAUAUAUAAAGCAAAGUUUCACAAUCCAGUACGUGACCUACUAUAUUUAAUGGCGAAGUUUAUAUGUUGGUAGAAGAACAGCGAAUUAGAAAACAAUAUUUUCGAAGGGCAACGUUUUGACCUUUGAUUGGAUGUUCUUUAGUUUUCAAGUCCAAAACGUUGCUAUCUAUAAUUUGCUCUUUUUCUAUUUUACAUCAGAACGCUAGUUUUAAGUUCCAUAUAUGUAUCCUUGUGUAAAGAUUUUUGGCAAUUUGCCCUAAUAACUGAAUAAAAAUAUAUGCUGCUUGUUUUCUCCCAUAGUUACUACUGAUUAAUUAUUUUAUGUUAAUGUAGUUCUCUGGCCCCCUUUUUUUUAAUUAUAAUACGAGUGAUUGUUUUAGUGGAAUUUUGCGUUCAGUAAGUGGGCAAAUAUUGUUGUUUUAUUGCACAUGUACAUGGAAAUUAAAUAAAGCAUUUAUUGUGUGUUUUAUUGCGCCUAUAAGUGCUUUAUUUGUUUCCCGAUAGCAACUAGAAAUAGGUGAAUAGGUAGAUCCACGUAGCAGACAAUUUUGAUUUUUUUUUAUGGCAGUUUAAUCUGGAAUAAACUGCUGCAUAUAAUAUGUUAUUAUCGGUUAGCGACAAGGUUAUUUAAUGUGCAUGGUAUUAUUAUUAUGUAUACAGACAGUAUUUGCCCAUUUUACAUGUUUGUGUUAGUAGGAAUCGUAGUUUGGGAAAAGGGUAUUUGAUUGUUGAUUUUUUCUGUCGACUAGUCAUUAGUUUGUAAAAUAUUAAUACGUAAUGGACUAAAAAAAAAGCUUUAUCGUCCUAGGGCGAUUUGUAUAGGGACAAAAAUAUGUAAUAAUUAUGCCUUAAAGGGUUAUUUUUGUAUUUUAAAGAGAGGCUCUCGAUUGCUGUAAAUUAAAUGUUUCGGUUUUAUAUGUUUUACUGAAAUAAGUGUAAAUAUGGCCUUUUUUAUUUUUUUAAGUGUUUCAAACUUGUUACCAACAAUGUUGUAUUAAUAAAAUGUUUGUUAGUCCCAUUA